UUGAAAUGAAUAUCAAAAGGACGCCAAGCCAGAAUCUAAAUUUGUGUUGCCAAAUUCUUAAGUAUCAGAGUCGAUCAACACUCGGCGAAGCCCUCUUUCCGAAGGCAGCCAGCGGCGGGGCGAGUGAUAUGUCUCAUCGCAAGUUCUCGGCCCCCCGGCACGGACACCUUGGCUUCCUGAAGCACAAGCGUAGCCACCGCCACCGGGGCAAAGUCAAGACAUGGCCCAAGGACGACCCAAGCAAGCCUGUCCACCUAGCAGCCUUCCUGGGAUACAAGGCUGGGAUGACCCACAUACUUAGGGAAAUCCACAGGCCGGGACUCAAGAUUUCCAAGCGAGAGGAGGUGGAAGCGGUGACGAUUAUCGAGACGCCGCCGUUGGUUGUGGUGGGAAUCGUGGGCUACGUGGAAACACCACGGGGCUUACGGAGUCUGAAGACCAUCUUUGCAGAACACAUCAGCGAUGAAUGCAAGAGACGCUUCUACAGAAACUGGUACAAGAGCAAGAAGAAGUCUUUUACCAAAUACUGCAAGAAAUGGCAGGACGCGGAAGGCAAGAAACAGCUGGAGAAAGACUUUGAGGCAAUGAAAAAGUACUGCAAGGUUAUCCGGGUUAUUGUCCACACUCAGAUGAAGCUCCUUCCCUUGCGGCAAAAGAAAGCCCACGUUAUGGAAAUCCAGCUGAAUGGUGGCACCGUGGCUGAGAAAGUGGACUGGGCCCACGAGAAGCUGGAGAAGCAGAUCUCUGUGCACUCUGUUUUUAGCCAGGAUGAGAUGAUUGAUGUGAUUGGAGUCACCAAAGGCAAAGGAGUGAAAGGUGUCACCUCCCGCUGGCACACCAAAAAACUGCCACGCAAAACACACAAGGGUCUACGAAAAGUGGCCUGUAUUGGAGCAUGGCACCCGGCAAGAGUCUCCUAUAGCAUGGCCCGGGCUGGCCAGAAGGGCUAUCACCAUCGUACGGAGAUCAACAAGAAGAUUUAUCGCGUCGGACGAGGAAUACAUAUGCAGGAAGGCAAAAUUGUGAAGAAUAACGCAGCAACGCAGUACGACAUCACAGACAAAUCCAUUACACCACUGGGAGGAUUCCCCCAUUAUGGGCCUGUCAACAACGACUUUGUGAUGGUGAAGGGUUGUGUCGUGGGAACAAAAAAGAGAGUCCUGACCCUGAGAAAGUCCCUGUUGGUUCACACCAGCCGCAAAGCCCUGGACCCUGUUGAGCUGAAGUUUAUUGACACCACGUCCAAGUUUGGCCACGGAUGCUUCCAGACGCACCAGGAGAAAAGAGCCUUUAUGGGUCCCCAGAAGAAACAUCUGAUAAAAGAAAAACAGGAGCCGGCUGAAGAAUUAUAAACGUCACGGAAUUUCUGUCACUGUCCUCCUAAUAAAACGACCUCAUCGUAUUAAGUCA